GAGUUGAGGCACAGUCGCCCAGCAACAGGUGGUAGCCUCCCUUCCGCCUUCUUCUGAGGCCAGCCCCCCCAGGGCCUUUGAGAGGGCUGCGCACACCCUCCCGGCAUGCCCUGGGAAGAGCAGCUCCGAAGACAGAUCCAAGGUUGGCCCGAGCAGAGACAGUCCCUGCUUCCACCUGUGGUCUCUCCUGGCCACUGAGUCUCUCCGAUGCCUACGACUUCCCAGCAGCCCUCGGGGCACACGGAGGGCCCCCCAGAGCCCACGGCGGAGGCGGCCAUGUGGGCGGUGCUCCCGUGCGGGCCUUGCGUUCCCAUCAUGCUGGGCCUGGCCUCCCUCGCCGCCUUCUUCAUCGUGACCACCGCCGUACUGGCCGAACGCCUGUUCCGCCGCGCGCACCCGGACCCCAGCCAGCAUGCGCCCACCCUCGUCUGGCGCCCUGGAGGGGAGCUGUGGAUCGAGCCCAGAGGCAGCGCCCGGGAGCGCUCGGAGGACUGGUACGGCUCCUCCGUGCCCCUGCUGAUGGACAGGCCUCCAGACACCCCGACUCCCGGGGGCACCCUGGAGGGCAGAGCAACCGCUCCACCGGCCCCUUCAAUCCCACCCUCUUCGCCCGGUUCUUUGGUUCCCCAGAUUCCCCCAGAAGUCCCAGCCCAGAGCACCUUCUGGAGCCCUCAGACACAGGAGGAGAGGCCCCAGGCAUCAGGCCUGGUGGGCAGGGUUGGGCCUGAGCCGACGCUGGAGCCUGGCACGCAGGUCGGGAGCCCCAGGGCUUGGAGGCUGAGGCAAGGGAGCUCCGAGCCUGACUGGGGCCUCCAGCCUCGGGUCACCCUGGAGCAGAUCUCAGCGUUUUGGAGGAGGGAAGGCCGGACCAGUGUGGGUUUCUGAAUCUUCGGGACCUGUAAGGUUGGCCUCCCCCCUCAGCUCCAGCCUCAGGCCUGGCCCUCGCUCCGGCCUUUUGUGCGGGAAUUUCUGACUUGGUCGCCUGACUGGUGGGCAGGCUGAGUGUCAGUCGGGACAGCCUGUGCUCUAGGGCUGGCACUGACCUUCACCUUUGAUUAAAAUGCCCAGGUUGUGACUCUGAGAACUGGAGGCAAGGCUAGUUGACAAUGGGACCGAAGGCUUCAAGAUGGCCUUCUGUCAUCUUCAAGGUACAAACUUACCUAGGAUUCAGUGUCUGAAUGGGGAGGUCCUGUACGGGCUGCCGACACCCCAACAGCCUGGAGCUGGUGAUUGCGAGUGUUUGGGAGUGUCAGGCACGUGGGCAGGCGAUGGCCGCAAUCUUCUUCUCCAGAGCCUCGAACCCCAUCCGUGCCCACCCUCUCUCACCCACCACUGUGAGGCAGAGGACCAGUCCAGGAGGAGUCUGUGACUGCAUAGUAAAUGGCGACAUGGAAUUUGCUGAGCCCACCCGAAGAGGCUGCCCCUUGCCUUAAAUUUAGGAAGUAGACCCAAAAAGGAUCAACAGGCUCCUCUGCUCAUCGGUUUGUGACUGCACGCAUCCUACGACACAGUUUUGUAGUAUUCCACGCUAAGGAAGAGCGCGGACUGAAGAGAACAGAGUUUGUGUCAGUGUGGACGUGAAGACUGUCCUAGAGAAGGGAAGCGCCCCCAAACACGGCCUCUGCCACCUUUUCCUCCGCCUUGGUGGAGUGGUCCAGAGAGGCAGGCUUGCUAUAGAAGAGAGUUACUUAUAAUGAUCCAUCCCAUAGAAAGGGACAUCUGUGUGCCCAUCGUCUGGUUUCCCUAAUUGAGGAGAGGAGCAGUGGAGAAAGCGAUAGAGUUCCCAAACCAGUCAAGAAUAUGAAGGUUUUACCGUAUCAGUUUACCUCUUGUUACACUCUUUACUUUAUAUUUUUACUUACAUCGGAUCGCCGUUUGCUUAAUAAAUUUGUUUUUAGGUGA